AUGUCUGUUAGACCCACUGAUUCCUGGAACGUCUGUCUCAACACUACCCUUGAACAAGAAGACAAGGAAGUUUACAACAUUGUUGAAAACGAAAAACUUAGACAAUGGUCUGGUUUGGAACUCAUUGCUUCUGAGAACUUCACUUCUCAAGCUGUCAUUGAAGCUAACGGUACUGCCUUGACCAACAAGUACUCUGAAGGUCUUCCUGGUGCUCGUUACUAUGGUGGUAAUGAAUACAUUGAUGAACUUGAAGUCCUCUGUCAAAAGCGUGCUUUGGCUGCUUUCGAUUUGAACCCUGAACAAUGGGGUGUCAACGUCCAACCUUACUCUGGUUCCACUGCUAACUUUGCUGCUUUGACUGCUUUGAUUAAACCCGGAGACCGUCUUAUGGGUCUUGAUCUUCCUUCUGGUGGUCACUUGACUCACGGUUACCAAACUGCUAAGAAGAAGAUCUCUGCCUCUUCCAUCUACUUUGCUUCCAUGCCUUAUCAAGUUGAUCCUUCCACUGGUUUGAUUGACUACAAGCGUCUUGAAGAAAAUGCUGGUCUCUUCCGCCCUCAAUUGUUGAUUUGUGGUGCUUCUGCUUACCCUGCCGAAUGGGAAUACGAUACUAUGCGCAAGAUUGCUGAUCAACACGGUGCCUACCUCAUGUGCGAUAUGGCUCACAUCUCUGGUUUGAUUGCCGGUAAGGAAGCUUUAUCUCCUUUCGAUUACUGUGAUAUUGUCACUACCACUACACACAAGACUCUUCGUGGUCCCCGUGCUGGUUUGGUCUUCUUCCGUCGUGAUAAGGGUGAUCAACUCGAAUCUCGUGUCAACCAAGCUGUCUUCCCCUCUUGUCAAGGUGGUCCUCACAACAACACCAUCGCUGCUGUUGCUGUUGCUUUGAAGCAAGCCGCUUCCCCUGAAUUCAAGCUCUAUGCUAAGCAAGUCCGUGCUAACGCCAAGAAGCUCGCUGAGACUCUUGCUGGCUACGGUUACAAGUUGGCUACUGGUAGCACUGUUAACCAUUUGGUUCUUUGGGAUUUGAAGCCUCAAAAGUUGACUGGUUCUAAGGUCGAACGUAUCUGUGAUAUGGUCCACAUCACUAUCAACAAAAACUCUAUUGCUGGUGACAAGUCUGCCGUUACUCCCGGUGGUGUCCGUCUUGGUGCUUCUGCCUUGACUUCUCGUUCUUUGAAGGAAGAAGAUAUGGUUAAGGUUGCUGAAUACCUUCACAGAACUGUCCAAAUCGCUACUGAUGUUCAAGAAAAGUGUGGUUCCAAGUUGAUGAAGGACUUUGUUGCUGCUCUUGAAGGCAACCAAGAAAUUGCUCAAUUGAAGAAGGAGGUUGUUGAAUUUGCUCGUAGCUUCCCUAUGCCUGGUUUCGAUCCUACUAAGAUUAACGCUACUGCUACCAUCUAA